CGAGCACUUCUUAUGUCUUACCCUUUGUGGCACAAAGUUUGUGCUCUUUCAUCAUUGUUUAUUUAUCUGUGUAGUAUAAAAUAAUCAAAGAAAUUUAAUUAAUCAUGGCUUUGAGUAAUUUAUCAGAACAUAGUGUUCACACUGGCUCUGAUAAUUACUGGUGUUCUUUGAAGCGUCUAAAUUCAGUGGUGUCAAGAAUCGAGACAGAUCAGACCAAUGAAUCAAUUGAAGAUAUGAAGCGGCUUUUAUUAGGGCUGAAGCCCGAUCUGAUGUCACUUCUUGCUAACGAAAUGCCGGUUGAGGAAGUUGAUGAGGAGGGAUAUUUAAAAAGUUUGCGCCAAAUUUUGAAAAAAGGCACAACAAAAAUAGAUCGCACCGGCGUUGGAACCAUUUCAGUUUUUGGCAUCCAAAAUCGUUACAAUUUGAAAGAUGGAUGUUUACCACUUUUUACAACUAAACGUGUUUUUUUUCGAGGAGUGUUGGAGGAACUUCUGUGGUUCAUUAAAGGGGAAACAAACAGCAAAAUAUUGCAAGAAAAAGGAGUUCAUAUUUGGGAUGCUAAUGGAUCGAAAGAAUUUUUAGAUUCUGUUGGUUUCUCAGAUAGAGAAGAAGGAGAUUUAGGUCCUAUUUAUGGGUUUCAAUGGCGACAUUGGGGUGCCAAAUAUAUUGAUGCAAAUACAAAUUAUUCUGGUCAAGGUAUUGACCAGUUGAAAAAUGUUAUUGAAAAAAUCAAAUCGAAUCCAAACGACAGAAGACUUAUUGUUAGUGCUUGGAAUGUUGCAGAUAUUCCUUUCAUGGCAUUGCCUCCAUGUCAUUGUUUGUUUCAAUUUUAUGUAACUGAUGGUAAAUUGUCCUGUCGACUCGACCAAAGAUCAGCAGAUAUGGGUUUAGGAGUACCAUUCAAUGUUGCCAGCUACUCUAUUUUAACUCAUAUGAUCGCACAUGUUACAAACUUAGAGCCUGGAGAGUUCAUUCAUCAAAUUGGUGAUGCACAUAUUUAUAAGAAUCAUGUUGAGGGAAUUGAAGUUCAGUUGUCUCGACAACCAAGACCAUUUCCCAAGCUGAAGAUAAAAAGGAAAGUUGCAUCAAUUGAUGAUUUUACAUUUGAAGACUUCGAGGUCCUUGGUUAUAAUCCUCAUCCUAAAAUAAAACUGGAAAUGGCUACGUAAAUAAAAUUGAUGAUUAGUUUUUCAUUUUACAAUCUCUUCUAAAAAUUAAAGUUUCGCUUUAUUUUUUUUAUUCGCUUUGCAUUAAAUUGUAUUUUUAAAUAAACUCCAAAUUAAAAAUA